AUGAGUUCAUCCGGAAAAAAAUUGAAUUUACCAAGCAAGAUGACGAGCUUAAAUCCCAAUGCCGUGGCAUUUGUCCCUUCUGCUUUUAGAUCCACCCUUGAAAACAGUGAGAAAGCAGAUAUUUCAAGGCUAGAUGUCUCGGAAACCUCUGGAAGACCAUAUUUAGAUCGUUCGGGGUCAAAUAUUUCAAACAAUUCUGAUGACGCGGCUCAUCAGUAUUGGCGUCACCAAUUACCUGAUGACAUUACUCCUGACUUUAAGAUUGCGAGAGAAGAGGACCUGCAAGCACCAGGCGGUCUAUCACUUGCAGCGUUGUCCAUUAAUGAUGGGCUUGAUCCAUUUGAACACUCCAUGACGAUGAGUAACCAGUUUUUGGGCAUGAAGCAAGAGAUCUCACCUUCAGACAGUGAACAUGUUGACUUGAGUGAAAGAAUGGCGUAUUCUGGUCUGUCCUCAGAAGACUACUCUUCAAUGUCUCUGAUGAAUUUGGGCGCUAAUACCUGGGACAAUCAGUUCGUCAACGGUGAUCAGCACCUCACAAAUGGCAGAGAGGGAUCUCAGUAUGGUGGGGAUUCAAGUGUGGGUUUUCUCAAUGAUCUGUUAAAUGAGCAUACGGCUUUAGAGAAUGCGGGCAUCAAUCCUGUGGUGUUCUUGGCAUCACAGUUCCCCGGUUUUGCAGCAGAUAGCCUUGCAGAUGUGUAUUAUGCAAAUGGGUGCGACUUGAACCUGACAAUUGAAAUGCUCACCCAACUUGAGGUAUGUGUCUUGUGGCUUUUGACCUUUGACCAAUGAUUUGACUAUGCACGUUCUUUGUUCUUCAAGAAAUAUAAUGUUUUCAAUUUCUUCUUAUAAUGCAUCUGGAGCUGGCCAGUUUUUGAUGGAAGAAAUGAGGAAACACUAAUCUAAGUAAUUAAUGAAAUAAAUUUAUAUGUUUAAUUUUAAAAUGGUUUCUUGUGUAAUUUUAAUAUUGUAUAUGCGCGCAUAGAUUUCAGCUUACUUUAAAAAUAUUCCUAUUUUAUGACUGAAUUUUUGUCUGAAACGAGCUAAGGUCCUGGACAGCAGUUGCCAUGGACGCUCAGCUGCCAUAAAAAACUCCUGUAGAAGGCCUUCAGUUGAAUGUUCUUCAAUUGAGCAACCUUCUGAAAGAAUUCCCAGUAGUCGAGCCGACAAAGAAUCAAAAAAUGUGUAUAAACAGAUCUCACUGGUCAACCUUAACUGGAUUUUGACAGGUUUUCGUCCCUUGAAAGCCCUCUAGUAGCCGCACAUAUCCAUUGCUUUUGGUGCAAUCAUCUUCAUCCGCUCGGUCAUUUGUUAUUAAAAAAAGUCAACGAUCUGAGAAUCUUUGAACAGACUACAGUGGUAACCUUGGUCAAGUCUGUGGGUGCAGCUUCAGGUGGACAACAACUUCAGCCAGAACACAACCCCAAAAAGCUUAUCUGCUCCAAGAUUCGACGCCAUGGACUUCCCGGCCCUUUCAGCCGCGGACUCCCAAGAUGGGUCGUCGAAGUAUGGCGGUGAAGACGUCCAGCAGGCUCCAAGUAUGACCCAAUCCAUGGGCAAGGAAGCUUUCCCUUUCCUCAAGUCCAGCGGCUCCGUCGGUGCAUCGAGAGGCGGCGCCCCAGACUUUGCCUCGGCAGUCCGGCGACUGGCGUCUCAGGAUUCCGGCCACUGGAAGCUCGAAAGGAACAGCUCCCAAGAAGCGGCCGUCGGCACGAUCAGAAACUCCCAGUCCCUCCCGAGCCUGCACAGCAGGCAGGGUAGAACACUUCUUGGCGAAAAAAUCCAGGGCCUUGGCAAGGUGCAGGCUUCCCCAGCGUGGCUCGAGACCGGGGAUGCAGUGGGUAAGUUCCUCUCUCUCUUUCUCUCUCUCUUUCUCUCUCCUCUAAUUCUCUGCCAUUUCUGUCUGGGCAGCACAAGUGUAUGCAGAAUCGAGGGAGGAAGCCCGUGAUUUUGCCAGGCUGAGGAACACCUGCUUCGAGCAGGUAGGUGGGCGGCCUGUUUCGAGCGGCGCCGCCAUCUCUCUCUUCUUUUCUCUCAUUCCCUUGUCUUUCCGGAAUUAGUAAUGAUGGUACUGCCUGGCAGGCGAGGCAAGCUUUCAUAAUCGGGAACAAGGCCCUUGCCAAGGAGCUCAGCCUCAAGGGACAGCUCUACAACAUCCAGAUGAAGGAGGCCCACGAGAAGGCCCGCGAAUCCAUCUUCCGCCACAGGUCAACACAAAUAAGUCAACCAAUCGGUAGAUAAAUGAACGAACUUUGGUGUGCAUUUCUCGCAUUUAUAAGGUUAUGGGUGGUGUGUGGGGCAGGAAUCCGGUGGCGGCGGAGGCGCAGUUCGUCAACCGGGGGAAGCAGCCGCUGAUUGACCUCCACGGGCUCCACGUCAACGAGGCGGUUAACGUGCUGCGGCACGAGCUCGCGGUGCUGCGGCGGACGGCGCGGGCAGCGGGUCAGCGGCUUCAGGUGAUGGUGUGCGUCGGCACGGGGCACCACACGAAGGGGGCCCGUACCCCCGCCCGCCUCCCCGCCGCCGUCCAGCGCCACCUUCUCGAGGAGGGUCUCCAAUUCUCCGAAGACCAGCCAGGCCUGCUCCGCGUCCUCAUCCGUUGA